UAAUAUACCGAAUCUUUAGCUAGUAAAUUAACAUAAAUAUACUCGUUAAAUUUUGUUAUGUCAUGCUGUUGUAGUUAUUUGUACACAUGAAAUUUAUAAACAAAAAUCGCGAUCUCGCGCGAAGUUCGUAGGAACCGUGUGUGUCGUUGUUGCUUAUUGUCGUAUAGAUCCAACGAUCACCAAGGAAACACGUAGUGACAUAAAUAUGAUGUUCCUCAUCGGUAACAUUCUUCUCGUCGCACGAAAAGACUUUUUAUAAAUAUCAUACAAUCUCUUUGCGCCAUUUGUAAUGAAUUUAAUAAUUGAUAAUUGAAUUGCAAAUUGAUAGAAUUUUUAUCAGUAUGCAACGCUCACCGACGUUACCUUGUCUUCCAGGCUUUAGCUUUGACAAAAACUUGGGCAAAACUCGAUUUCACAAAAAGCAUCAUUUCGACAAAAUACACGAGGGAGUUUAUUAUUUGUCCGAGAAAGCGGACACAAGCGUUUACAGUCGUUAUUCGUCCAUUUAUCCUCCUGGGGAAAUGCCAGAAAUUCCUCCGUGGCUUGCGUUCGACGGACAGAGACUCAUGUUCAAAGCGUACUUCCAAGAGACUGUGCAAGAGAGAUGGAAGGUGGCUUCUCACAUUCGCGUGGUAAAAAUCAGCUUCUUCCUCGAGGACGGAACGAUGAAGAUCGUAGAGCCGUCCGUGGACAACAGUGGUCUUGAGCAAGGCGUUUUGGUUAGACGUCAAAGGAUACCGAUACCCGACCCGGUGAAGUACAGAUAUUACGACAUACUCGAUUUAAAUAUCGGGAAGGAACUCGAGAUAUACGGUCGAGUGUACAAGAUCGUAGAUUGCGACAAGUUUACGAGGGAAUUUCUUUAUCGCAGCGGAAUACCGGUGCCCGAUCCGAUCGAUCUGCCGAAAGAUCCGUAUUCCGAAGUAAUGAAAUCCGAUACGUUUCCGAAGAAACCCAGUCGCAUGGUAGACGUUCUCGGUAAUUUUCUCAAGUACGACAGACAAGUGCUCCGUUUCUACGGAUAUUGGGACGAUACCGAGAGCCUUCACGGCAUUGUCCACGAUCUCGAGUUGCACUAUUAUCUCUCCGACGACACAAUGGAGAUUAAAGAGAUCGUACCGCCGAACGCUGGUCGAGAUUCGGGUCCCAUGUUCGUUAAAAGGAUGAAGAUACCGAAAUUUUACACCGCGUUGCAACCGAUCGGCGCGCAAGAUCCUUUCACGAUUCUGAAUGUCUUGGGCGACGAUACGGCGCAGAGCUAUUACAUAGUGGACUCCUUGAACACUGGCAAGGUCUCUUUCGAUCAUUACAAGGAUAACGACUUGGGCAUAGGGUCGCAGCUCAAUGUCUUUGGUAGGAAAGUUGUCGUCACGGACAUGGACGGUUUCACGAAGAAUUAUUACCGAACGAAGUACGGUCUGGACAAUUUUACACCUUUGACGAGACCUUUGAAAGACGACGAACUGUGUCAGAAGGUGGAGAGAUACGUACCACCGUACAACGGCUUCGGAUCCUACGAGGACUCUCUCGGCAAUUGUUUCACGGUAAUGCCGAAGCCGCCCAAGUCGGACUUUAUCAAAUUCUUGUACCACGACAAGCAGGGUUUGGAUAGUCACGUUUUGAGAUUCCGAGCGAAAAUGAUAUCGAAAAUUCCGAGCGACGAGGAUCGGCAAUUUAUUGUAAGAGUAUUUCUCAUGGACGACACGAUAUCCGUCUUCGAAUUAGCGAAAAGAAACUCAGGAUUCGUUAGAUCGAUGUUUCAAAAACGAAUGCCGGUGAUGAUACCCGGUCAGGACGUCUUUACGAGCAAGAAACCAAAAUACUACAAACCGCAAGAUUUUUACGUAGGGGCGUGCGUGAACUUGGGCAAUUUUCUCUUCAAAAUUACGUCCGCGGAUGUUUACGCCCUUCGUUACAUGGAAUCGCAUUGCGACAAGUUCCCCAAAGCGAAUAAAAAAUUAAUAAUGGAGAAAGUUCGAGAGAUCUUGCAGCCGGUUUUCAAGGAAUUUAUUCAAACGUACGCUCCGCCUAAGGACACGAAAGAUGGCAUUCGGAUGUUGAAUUAUGAACAGCUUAGGGAAGCGUUGAAACGAUAUAUGAGCGACAACAUCACGGAACACGAGAUGAUCACGAUUGCGCGACAUUAUUCGUCUUCUGAAAAAGUGGAAUUUAAAUCGAGACAAUACGUGAGACAAUUGUUGCACACCGAAUUACAUCGAUCUCUGUGGCACGAUCUCGAUCGUUUGAAAGAGGAUUUGCUUCAUUGGGAUAGAGACAGAACGGGAUUCUUACCUCGAGAGUCCUUGUACGCGAUCCUGCGCGGUUGCAGAAUUCCUGUCGAUGUGGAGCUAUUGAAUUCCAUGUUAGAUCAUUUGCACAAAUCCGAGGACGGUAAACUCGAUUAUAACGACCUGCUGCAGUUCAUGAACGUGAAAAUCGAUCCUUUGCCACCGGCUGAACCUAUAAAUAUCAAAACGGCGCUUUGGUGGGCAUCCGAGAAAGAACCGGAUUGCGGAUGCGGAAUUAACUGGUGCGAAUUUCUAAAGGAUCUAGGUAUAAAAGAAGAAGACGACGCAACGGAGGACUGUAAAGAUUCGGAAACGCAACAUGCGACGACGUAACAAGUACCGU